UUGUUUCAAGGAGUGCGGCAAGCGCAGUGGCUCACCAAGACGAAGCUGGUGGAAGGUUUGCCUCCGCCGGUGCUCAGCAUCGUUGACAACCCAGCUCACCAGUUCGAGGGCCUGGAGGAGAGGGUGAAACACGCCAUCUCGCACGCACGGCUCUGGGACACGACAGAGGUUGCUCCCAGGAGAGAACAUUAUUGCCCAGUACUGUUUGAAGACUUGCUACAUUUGUGUCGGUCAAUGGCUGUGAAGUAUCCUUCUCUGACUAAAAGAAUGUUGGCUAGAAACUACAGGAUAUCAGCUACGUGGGAAAGAGAAUCCAUUCUCCUUCAGGUCCGAGGCAUGAAUGGAAUACUUAUGAACUCUCUGACCCCAAUACCACCAGUAGCCUCCAAGGAGGACAUACUGGCCACUGAAGAACAUGUUCUGGAGACCUUCUAUCCCAUCUCUCCUACAAUUGAUCUUCAGGAAGUGAAUGUGUACAAAGAGCUCAACGAUACAGGUUUUAAAGAUGGUUAUCAGUACUCUCAUCCCCACACUCUGUUCUUCCUGGAAUCAGCCAACAUUCGUACUAGGAGGUUCAGACCAGAACAACUUCGUGCUAAGAUGCUGAUGUUUGCUUUUGGCAACGCGCUGGCGAAGGCCAGGGUGCUGUACGGGAAUGAGCCCAAGGUUUUGGAGCAGCCAAUAGUGGUGCAAAGUGUUGGCACAGAUGGCCAGCUCUUCCACUUCAUGGUGUUCCAGUUAAAUACAACAGACCUCGUCUCUGGUGAUGGCGUAAAAAAUCUAGUCUGGAUUGACUCUGAUCAGAAUCUCUAUGAAAAGGCCCAGUGUGUUCCGGAAGUCAAGAAGAGAGUCGUUCUGAAGCCCGCUGGAAUAUAUGGCUUUCAGCCAGACACAUUCAAGAAGUUUCUGGCACUGUAUCUGCAUGGAACUGUGUGAGAUUCAGCUCAAAUGAGAAUACUUCACCAACUGUACCUGCUGCUUCUCUUUGCCAGAACUAUCACAUAAUUAAAGAAAGGUGGAUUAAUUUUACUUGGAAAAAUAAAUUAUAUUGUUACUGAAAGUAAAAUAUUUUUUUAAACUAAA